AAGAUGAUAUCGAUUGAAAGAGGUAUGUAUAAUGAGGUUAGGUUUUAGAUAAUAUACUAGAUGUUCUUGUAAAUAUUACAAUUAUAAGAGAGAGCAGCCGAGAAUUAGAGGAGACUUCUCCCCUAAUGAUUGCAUAGAGAGCUUCGUAUAUUUCAUUUCCUAUAAACGUGUACAGUCAAUAAAUAAAGAAAAAGAAGGAGAAAAAGAAGAAGAGCAACUUUUCAGAUUCAUUGCAAGGUUGUGCUUGUCCAUGCAUUAAAGAGGAUGACCAAUUAUGUUAUUGAUCACUUGAAAUAAGGUUUUAGCUUGAGCCAAUCAGUUGAAUGAUGUCAUUAGAGGUGGAGCUGAUUUUCGCAGCUGCAAUAUUGGCAUGCUUGCAGUCUUUUGUCUUGCCUGAUGCCCAAGGAGAUGCUCUCUUUUCACUGAGGAGUUCACUAAAUGCUUCAAACAGUCAGCUCUCGAAUUGGUAUCCGAAUCAAGUUAACCCAUGCACUUGGUCGAACGUUCAGUGUGACCCAAAUAAUAAUGUCAUCACUGUAUCAUUGUCCAACAUGGGAUUUUCUGGUACAUUGUCUUCAAAAAUCGGAGUUCUGAAGACUCUUUUGACUCUUUCAUUGCAAGGAAAUGGCAUAACAGGUGAGAUACCGAAAGAGAUUGGAAAUUUAACAAGCCUGACAAUGUUGGAUUUGGAAAACAACCAUUUAACCGGAGAAAUACCAUCUUCCCUUGGCAAUCUUGAGAAGCUUCAAUUCUUGUUCUUGAAUCAAAACAACCUUACGGGGGAGAUUCCUGAAACACUCUCAAGUCUUCGUAAUUUGGUUGCUUUGCAGCUUGCUUCUAAUGGUCUAACCGGCCAAAUACCUCAGCAUUUAUUUCAAGUUCCAAAAUACAAUUUUACAGGGAACCAUUUGAAUUGUAGCAUGAAUUUUGCCCUCCCUUGUGAUUCUGCUAGUGGAGGUUCUUUGCGUAAAUCAAAGACGGGAAUUAUAUUUGGGAUUGUUGGCGCACUUCUAGGUCUUCUUCUUCUCGGAGGCUUGUUCUUACUCUUGUGGAAGGCUAAGCAUAAAGGCUACAAGCGUGAAAUUUUCGUAGAUGUUGCAGGGGAAGUUGACCGACAAAUUGCAUUUGGUCAGUUGAAAAGAUUUGCAUGGAGGGAAUUACAACUAGCUACAGAGAACUUCAGUGAGAAAAAUGUCCUUGGACAGGGAGGUUUUGGAAAGGUUUAUAAAGGAGUGCUUGCAGACAACACAAAAGUUGCCGUGAAACGGUUGACUGAUUAUGAGAGUCCUGGUGGGGAUGCAGCAUUCCAGCGUGAAGUUGAGAUGAUAAGUGUGGCUGUUCACAGGAACCUCUUACGACUGAUCGGCUUUUGCACCACACCAACGGAACGCCUUCUGGUGUAUCCCUUUAUGCAGAACUUAAGUGUUGCUUAUUGUCUAAGAGAAUUUAAACCAGGGGAGGCUGUUUUAGACUGGCCUACAAGAAAACGAGUGGCUUUAGGCACAGCACGUGGUCUAGAGUAUCUUCAUGAACAUUGUAAUCCCAAAAUCAUCCAUCGAGAUGUUAAGGCUGCUAAUGUGAUGCUGGAUGAAGAUUUCGAAGCUGUUGUUGGUGACUUUGGCUUGGCAAAAUUGGUUGAUGUGAGAAAGACUAACGUUACGACUCAAGUUCGUGGAACCAUGGGUCACAUAGCUCCAGAGUACUUGUCAACUGGGAAGUCAUCAGAAAGGACAGAUGUUUUUGGAUAUGGAAUUAUGCUUCUAGAGCUUGUAACAGGCCAACGAGCCAUAGACUUUUCACGCCUGGAAGAAGAAGAUGAUGUCUUAUUACUUGAUCAUGUCAAGAAAGUGCAAAGGGAGAAAAUACUAGAUGCUAUUGUAGACUGCAAUCUGAAUGACAAUUUCAACAUCGAAGAAGUUGAGAUGAUGAUUCAGGUUGCAUUGCUCUGCACUCAAGCAUCACCAGAGGACCGGCCGGCGAUGUCAGAUGUGGUCCGGAUGCUAGAAGGAGAGGGUCUUGCUGAGAGGUGGGAAGAAUGGCAGCAUGUUGAAGUUACCCGUAGGCAAGAGUAUGAGAGAUUACAGAGAAGAUUUGACUGGGGAGAAGAUUCUAUUUAUAACCAGGUGGCUGUUGAAUUGUCUGGUGGAAGAUGAGGUAAUAAAAUGUCUCAACAAGUAUGUAAAUCCUGUAAUACAUUGGCCUAAUCAAUGAGAUAGCAUAUCCUAUAAGCAUACUUUCAUGUUGUAUUGGAUGCAUUUCUGGGACCAGCUCUUCAUCUUAUUCUUGUUUUUCCCAUAUAAUUUUUUUGUUAAUUUUGGCAUGCAUUAGCAGACCCAUAAUCAAUAAUAAUUUCUAUUUUUAUAUAAUGAUUUCUUUUGUUAUUGGUAUGUUCGACAUCUGCAACAGCUGCCAAUAGUCUGUCACUGAGUAAAGUUUUUAAUAUCCAAGAUAAACUUAGGAUUUGACUUCUCGUUUUGUGAUCUUGUGAAGCUGCAUCUGUUUCUUCAUUCAUUUGUAGAUCAAAAUUUAUCUUAUGUGUCAGUGUACACAGAUCCUCUAUCAUGCAAUGAAGCCUUGAAAAAAAUUUGACAUCUCACUUUAGUUUGUUGCACCCUCAAUUUAUUUGUUGUGAAAUUUCAAGGGCUCAAACAUUGAUUAAGACUAAUUUUUUGUGUUUUUUUCCUUUUCGAUUCUUUUGAUAGUUACAGAUAUUCAAAAAAGUUUUCUAGCUGAUUAUAAUUUACAUCCAAGCACAUUUUACAUGACCAACUUUUUUUUUUUUUU